AUGGCUGAGCUGUCUGUCCCAGAGCUGCCCGCAGGCCUGUCCCGCUGCAGCGGCCGCUUCACCAUCAGCACCCUCCUGGGCACAGAGGAGGGCAGCUGGGGUCCCUACGCGGCCACCGAGGGGGCUGGCUGCGACAGCACCCACCCCACCCACCUCUCUGGCAGCACGCUCUGCACCAGGACCUUCGGCUACAACACGGUGGAUGUUGUGCCUGCCUACGAGCACUAUGCUAACAGCAAGGGGGUGGGCGACACCAGGAAGGGGAGGCCCUCGCUCGCAGACCUGCACUCCAUCCUCAAGCCUGACCCGGGCCAUCUCCGCGUGCCAGUGUCCGACCCGCAGCGGGGCAAUUGCCUGCCGGAGGCCGGGCUGGAGGAGGCGGCUCCGGGCAGAACCCCCACGCCAGAGCCCGUCCGCUUUGGAUGGGUGAAGGGCGUGAUGGUGAGUGCAACUCGUCCCGCAGGGAGCAUCAUUCUGCCCUCCCACCCCCCCACAAGAAUGAAGCAGUGCCCUGUCCCCGCAGCCCUGACGUGGCUCAUCAUCCUGAUGUCUGUGACAGUGACCACCAUCACUGGCUUGUCCAUCUCUGCCAUAUCCACUAAUGGCAAAGUGAAGUCAGGGGGCACGUACUUCCUCAUCUCGCGGAGUCUCGGGCCAGAGCUGGGCGGCUCCAUCGGGCUGAUCUUUGCCUUCGCAAACGCAGUGGCUGUGGCCAUGCACACAGUGGGCUUCGCCGAAACUGUCCGGGACCUGCUGCAGGAGCACAACUCCCUCAUUGUGGACCCCACCAAUGACAUCCGCAUCAUCGGGGUUGUCACCGUGACGGUGCUGCUGGGUAUCUCCCUGGCUGGCAUGGAGUGGGAGGCCAAGGCACAGAUACUGUUUUUCCUGGUCAUCUUGGUUUCCUUCAUAAAUUACCUGGUGGGGACAGUGAUCCCUGCCACCACUGAGAAGCAAGCGAAGGGCUUCUUCAGCUACCGAGCUGACAUCUUUGCCCAGAACUUUGUACCCAACUGGCGUGGACCCGAGGGCUCCUUCUUUGGCUUGUUUUCCAUUUUCUUCCCGUCAGCAACUGGCAUCCUGGCUGGGGCUAACAUUUCGGGUGACCUGAAGGAUCCUGCUGUGGCAAUCCCCAAGGGCACCUUGAUGGCCAUCUUCUGGACCACUAUGUCUUACCUGGUGCUUUCUGCUACAAUCGGUGCCUGCGUGGUCCGGGAUGCCUCGGGCAGCCUGAACGACAGCAUGGCGGCGGGCUCACCGGGCUGCGAGGGACUGGGCUGGAACUUCACUGCCUGCAUCCAGCAGCAGAGCUGCCGAUAUGGGCUCAGCAACUACUACCAGAGCAUGAGCAUGGUGUCUGGAUUCGGCCCCCUCAUCACGGCUGGGAUCUUUGGUGCUACCCUCUCCUCGGCACUGGCCUGCCUCGUCUCAGCCCCCAAAGUCUUCCAGUGUCUCUGCAGGGACCAGCUCUACCCUCUCAUAGGCUUCUUCGGGAAGGGCUAUGGGAGGAACAGCGAGCCCAUCCGCGGCUACAUGCUCACCUAUGUCAUCGCUGUUGGCUUCAUCCUCAUCGCUGAGCUCAACGCCAUCGCCCCCAUCAUCUCCAACUUCUUCCUCUGUUCCUAUGCCCUCAUCAACUUCAGCUGCUUCCACGCCUCCAUCACCAACUCUCCAGGCUGGCGACCCUCCUUUCGGUAUUACAGCAAGUGGGCCGCGCUCUUCGGGGCCGCCAUCUCAGUGGUGAUCAUGUUCCUGCUGACCUGGUGGGCGGCCCUCAUUGCUUUCGGCAUUGUCAUCUUCCUCCUGGGAUAUGUCCUCUAUAAAAAGCCGGAUGUCAACUGGGGCUCCUCCAUGCAAGCCGGCUCAUACAACAUGGCCCUCAACUGCUCGGUGGGGCUGAGCGAAGUGGAUGAGCACAUCAAGAACUACAGACCACAGUGCCUGGUGCUGACCGGCCCUCCCAAUUUCCGCCCGGCCCUGGUGGACUUCGUGGGGACGUUCACCAAGAACCUCAGCCUGAUGCUCUGCGGCAACGUGCUGGUUGGACCGCGGAAGCAGAAGAUGCCAGAGUCCCGGCUGACAGCGGAUGGCCACACCAAGUGGCUUAUGAAGAGGAAGAUCAAGGCUUUUUAUACAGAUGUGGUGGCUGAGGAUCUGAGAAGCGGUGUCCAAAUGCUCAUCCAGGCUGCUGGCCUUGGGAAGAUGAGACCCAACAUCCUGGCGCUGGGCUACAAGAGGAACUGGCGGACAGCAUCCCCACAGAGCCUGGAGGACUACGUGGGCAUCCUGCAUGACGCCUUCGAUUUCAAGUAUGGUGUGUGCUUAAUGAGAAUGAAGGAAGGGCUGAAUGUUUCCCGAGUGAUGCAGGCUCACGUUAACCCCACGUUCAAGGCAGCGGAGCACCCUGAGGAGAAUGGCACUGGCGGCAGAGCAGCCCCAGGCACAGCAGACCCCACCACCUUGGCUGGUGAUCAGCAGGCAAGCACCAUCUUCCAGAGUGAGCAGGGCAAGAAGACCAUCGACAUUUACUGGCUCUUUGACGAUGGAGGUCUCACGCUGCUCAUCCCCUACCUCCUGGGGCGCAAGAAGCGGUGGGGAAAGUGCAAAAUCCGGGUGUUUGUUGGUGGGCAGAUCAACAGGAUGGAUGAGGAGAGGAAGGCGAUUGUCUCUCUGCUGAGCAAGUUCCGCCUCGGCUUCCACGAGGUCCACAUCCUCCCCGACAUCAACCAGAAACCCCGGCCAGAGCACAUCAAGAGGUUCGACGACCUGAUUGCUCCCUUCAGGCUGAAUGAUGGCUUCAAAGAUGAGGCCACGGUGAAUGAGAUGAGGCAGGGCUGUCCCUGGAAGAUUUCUGACGAGGAGGUUGAUAAAAACAGAGCCAAGUCACUUCGACAAGUGAGGCUGAAUGAGAUUUUGCUGGAUUACUCACGGGACGCGGCGCUCAUAGCCAUCACGCUGCCCAUCGGCAGGAAGGGUCACUGCCCCGGCUCCCUCUACAUGGCCUGGCUCGAGACCCUCUCGCAGGACCUGAGACCCCCCGUCCUCCUCAUCCGUGGAAACCAAGAGAAUGUGCUGACGUUUUACUGCCAAUAAAGCCUCC